AUGAAAGUCAUAAUAAAAAGCCUGACUGGUGUAGCAGCCUGGCGAUGGGUUGCCAAUGAUGACAGUUGUGGUAUUUGCCGUAUGGCUUUUGAUGGCUGUUGUCCAGAGUGCUCCCUUCCUGGUGACGAUUGUCCUCUCGUAUGGGGUGCAUGCAGUCAUUGCUUCCACAUGCACUGCAUUGUGAAAUGGUUACAUAGUCAACCCCACACGCCUUUAUGUCCUAUGUGCCGUCAAGAAUGGCGCUUUAAUAAUAAUUGA